UUGGCCCGGGAGUGUAAUUUUGUUAGAAAAAAGAAUGAAAAAUUGUGAUCCUCCAUUCGUUUAUUAUUGAAAAUGAAAGGAUUAGAAGUAUAAUUUUCUCUCCCUGUCUCGAAAAGAAGUAAGAUUUCCAUAAUUGUUGAGUAAAAAUAAAAUGCUUUAUCAUUGUAUGCUUUAUCAGCGUCGUAAAUCGUUUGUGUUAUUUACUCAAGAAAAGAUAGAGACGAAAGCUGUGUACAUACACCAUGUCUAGAAGAAAACAUGCCCGACCAACAAAGUGCUGUUGAAAAAAACAACUCGUUAGUAGUGUUUUCUGCCGUCAUCGCUUCUAUUGGAGGAAUUCUUUUUGGCUAUGAUAUAGGUAUUAUAUCUGGAGCUCUACUGCAACUUAAAGAAACAUUCACAUUAUCAUAUUUUGAACAAGAACUUGUAGUUUGUGGUGUUCUAAUUGGAGCUUUUUGUGCUUCAUUUUUUGGAGGAAAUGUUGUGGACAGUUUUGGUAGAAAAGCAGGCAUCAUAAUAUCAUGUGGAUUCUUCAUCACAGGAUCUGUCAUCCUUUUCUUAAGUAUCAAUUUUAUUAUGCUUAUCAUUGGUAGAGUCAUCGUAGGAAUAGCAAUUUCAUUAUCAGUAACAGCUGAAUGUACAUACAUUUCAGAGAUAUCUCCACCUAGUUGCCGAGGCAUGAUGGUAUCUUUUAACGAAGUGGGCAUAACAACUGGAUUUCUAAUAGCAUAUCUUAUGAAUUAUAUAUUUAUUUCCAUGAAAAAUGGUUGGAAAUGGAUGUUUGGGGUAGCUAUUUUACCAGCAAUAUUGCAAGGAAUUGGUGUAGCAUUUAUGCCCAGCAGCCAUCAUUAUUUGAUUGCAAAAGGGCAAAUACAAAAAGCACGUGAAGUUCUGAUUCAUUUGAGAAAAUCUGAGAACGUGGAAGAAGAGAUGGAAGCCAUUCUUAAAUCCAUGAGCGAACAAAAGAGUUUCACAUAUAAAGAUCUCUUCAGAUCUGCAUUUAAUAUGAGAAGUAGAAUGUUUCUUGGCAUGACACUAGUCUUUCUUCAACAGUUUUCAGGUAAUGCUAAUGUGUUAUACUAUGCACCGACUGUGUUUCAACAUUUCGGAUACAGCACAGAUACUUCAGCUACGCUUGUUUCUGUUGGUCUAGGAAUUGUUAAGGUGAUUGCUACAAUUAUUACUCUUUUAAUGGUUGAUAGGGUUGGGCGAAGAUCAUUACUUUUAACUGGAAGUGUUUUAAUGGCUCUGAGUAUAAUUCUUUUAGGCAUUGUUGGAACUUUACAACAUUCCUCAAAAACUGAUUUUUCUACAAGGAUAAUUUCAGUUAUAUCUCUUAUGGUGUUUGUAUGUGCCUACAGCAUCAGCUAUGGUCCAGUUACAUGGCUGGUGCUGAGCGAGAUCUUUCCUGGUUCAGUGCGUGGCAGAGCUGUCUCAGUUGCAACAUGCAUUAAUUGGGCAUCCAAUAUUAUUGUAUCUCUUACCUUCUUAGAUGUUCUCAAUGCUAUGGGAAUUGGACCAGUAUUUGUGACUUAUGAAAUUAUAUGCUUUGCUGCAGCAAUAUUUAUAUUCUUUUGUGUUCCUGAAACAAAAAAUAAAUCUCUAGAGGAAAUUAAUCAAGUUCUAACAAAAGGGUUAUUGAAAAAAGGCUGUCGAAAAUACUCAUGUGAAAGAAAUACAGUUGCUGUAGAGCAGCUAUAAGCAUUUUCAUUAAGACAAUCUCACAUUUAUAUUGGUUAAUAAAGUUAUUUUAAAGAGUUUGUUAAAUUAAGAAAAAACUACGCAUGAAGUCAAAUUUGAAGAAAGACUAGAACAAAAACCGAUAUCACCGUUGUUUCGAGAAAUUUCUAUCGAGCCUUACUAUGAUAGAGUUUUUGAUGAAGAAAUAGGAUUAUUGUUAUUUUAGUUUUUUAAACCUCAUAAUGGUUAUUUGAAGUCACAUACAUUUAUUUAACGGUGUUUUGAAAUACAACAAAGAGUUGCACAUAAAAUAAAUAACAUUAAAUGCUAUUACUACAAAUUACUAAAUAUUUUAAGAUUACUUAUUUAUGCAUAUUUUGACAGAUUUUUCACAUUUGCACUUAUCAGACUCGCGAUAUCAUAUCCGUGACCUCCAGAAAAAGCUGUCCAGAUCUGGAUCAUCAUUAAGCGAAAUAAAUUUUUCUUCAUAAAUUA